UGUGCUGGAAACCCCGUACGUAUUCUGAAGGGACCCAAGAUGGCUGAAUACUCACGGGGGGGGCAGUUAGCAAUUAUCUGAGCAAGACGUCGGAAAUGAAUGGCAUAUAGCAAUAUAGUGUAAAGUGUUACCCUGCAAUAAUUAUACGACUACCGUUUGUUGGUUUGCACACUUUUUGGGAUGCAUGGAUACCAUUAAGGAGAGAGUAGUCCCUCCGCGGCCCCGAGCCAGAACAUGGCGGAACACUUGGGGGAGAAAUAGCAGCUAAUACUAGCUAACGUUAGCUGUCGUAUUACUCGGACUGAAUUAGAAACAUUAAUCUAGGGCGAACACGGUAUCUUCGAUCCGCAAGUGUGAAAUAAUGUUAUCGAUGCACAGCUCUGGGCGUUUCGCUUUAAAACGUUGUUUAACAUUGAAUAUACGGAGCGUAGGCACUUAGCGUACUGCUAGCUAACCCGUUUGGCUUUCUAGCUAACGCAACUGGCACUUGUGCAGUUUAAACGCUGCCCGUACGAACUGCACAAAUAAGCAGGUUGUCGGUUUUAUGGGACGUGUGUCGCAACGGUGGGGUUUGUUGUAAAUACAUUCUAUCUACUGCGUGCUAGGACGUCCCGAAGUCUGUCUGCCCUCGUUUAGUCGAUUAACACGUUAGCUAACGUCAAUGCCCUCCGCAACCGAACUGUCGUUAGCUUGCUACAAUGGUACGUGACGUGAUUUCGUGUGGCGCGUUGCCUACAACGCUGGCGAGAUAACUUUUCUUUGAGGCUGCUCGUGAAAAUACGCAGAUCUUGCAGAAUCGAUCGGGCAAAUCAUCCUGGAUACUAGCCGGCGUGUUCAGCCUGUAAGGUCCUCCGAAGAAACGAUUGCUCGGUUGACCCCUGACACUCACGUAUAGUUAGCGUUGCACUAGUGAUCGGCUGCGAAAGGAAGUUGUGGCGCUACCAGGUGGAGUAGACACCCUGUAAAAGAGUUUCCGGAAAGGGGCAACCGGUCACAACUACCUGCCAGGAUGACGGACACUCGUCGCCGGGUCAAAGUCUACACCCUGAACGAGGACCGGCAGUGGGACGACCGUGGAACCGGCCACGUCUCCUCGGGCUACGUGGAGCGUUUGAAAGGCACGUCUCUACUCGUCCGGGCCGAGAGUGAUGGUUCUCUACUCCUGGAGUCCAAAAUCAAUCCAAACACAGCCUACCAGAAACAACAGGACACUUUGAUAGUAUGGUCAGAGGCCGAAAAUUAUGAUCUGGCACUCAGCUUCCAGGAGAAGGCUGGCUGUGACGAAAUUUGGGAGAAGAUAUGCCAGGUUCAGGGAAAGGACCCAUCAGUGGACAUUACCCAGGAUGUGGUCGACGAGUCUGAGGAAGAACGCUUUGAUGACAUGUCCUCGCCGGGUCUGGAGUUGCCGCCAUGUGAACUGAAUCGCUUGGAGGACCUGGCAGAGAUGGUGGCCUCCUCCCUCCCGUCACCGCUGCGGCGCGAGAAACUGGCGCUAGCUGUGGAGAACGAGGGUUACAUUCGCAAGAUCCUGGAACUGUUCCGCGUGUGUGAGGAUUUGGAGAACAGAGAGGGACUGCAUCACCUGUAUGAAAUCAUUAAAGGCAUCUUCCUGCUUAAUCGCACUGCACUCUUUGAGGUUAUGUUCUCGGAGGAGUGCAUCAUGGACGUCAUUGGUUGCCUGGAGUUUGAUCCGGCACUUGCGCACCCACGGCGGCAUCGGGAGUUUCUAACUAAGACGGCCCGCUUUAAAGAGGUGAUCCCCAUCUCGGAUCCUGAACUUCGUCAGAAAAUACACCAGACGUAUCGGGUGCAGUAUAUUCAGGACAUGGUGCUGCCCACGCCCUCUGUUUUUGAGGAGAACAUGCUGUCCACCCUGCACUCCUUCAUCUUCUUCAACAAGGUGGAGAUUGUGGGCAUGCUACAGGAUGAUGAGAAGUUCUUGACAGACCUUUUUGCACAGCUAACAGAUGAGGCUACGGAUGAUGACAAAAGACACGAACUGGUGAACUUCCUAAAGGAAUUUUGCGCCUUCUCACAAACGUUACAACCUCAAAACAGAGACGCCUUCUUCAAGACAUUGUCAAACAUGGGCAUUCUACCGGCACUAGAGGUCAUACUGGGAAUGGAUGACGUCCAGGUGCGUGGGGCAGCCACAGAUAUUUUCUCUUAUCUGGUGGAGUACAACCCUUCCAUGGUACGAGAGUUCGUCAUGCAGGAGUCUCAGCAGAAUGAUGAUGACAUCCUCCUGAUCAACCUGAUCAUAGAACACAUGAGUGAUAUAGACCCCGAGCUGGGGGGAGCAGUGCAGCUGAUGGGUCUGCUACGGACUCUGGUGGACCCUGAGAACAUGCUGGCCACUGCAAACAAAACGGAGAAGACGGAGUUCCUGAGCUUCUUCUACAAGCACUGUAUGCACGUCCUCUCGGCUCCGCUGCUGGCCAACACCACAGAGGAGAAGCCGAGCAAAGAUGAUUUUCAAACGUCCCAGCUGCUGGCCCUGAUUCUGGAGCUGCUGACGUUCUGUGUUGAGCACCACACCUAUCACAUAAAGAACUACAUCAUCAACAAGGACAUCCUCAGGAGGGUGCUGGUGCUCACGGCCUCUCAGCACGCCUUCCUGGCACUAUGUGCCCUACGCUUCAUGCGGAGGAUCAUCGGACUGAAGGAUGAGUUUUACAACCGUUACAUCAUGAGAAACUUUCUGUUCGAGCCGGUCAUCAAGGCCUUCCUCAACAACGGCUCACGCUACAAUCUCAUGAACUCGGCCAUUAUUGAGAUGUUUGAGUAUGUCCGUGUGGAGGACGUGAAGUCUCUCACGGCUCAUAUAAUAGAGAACUACUGGAAAGCUCUGGAAGACGUCGACUACGUCCAAACGUUCAAGGGCCUAAAGCUGCGAUAUGAACAGCAGCGAGAGAGACAAGACAACCCCAAGCUGGACAGCAUGCGCUCCAUCCUGAGAAACCACCGCUUCCGUCGCGACGCGCGGACGCUGGAGGAUGAAGAGGAGAUGUGGUUCAACACGGAUGAAGACGAUCUCGAGGACGGUGAGGCGGUGGUUCCUCCAUCCGACAAGAUGAAGAGUGAGGAAGACCUCAUGGAACCUAUAAGCAAGUUCAUGGAGAGAAAGAAAUUGAAAGACACGGACGACAAAGACGUGCUGGGGAAGUCGAGCUUAUCCGGCAGGCAGAACCCGAGCUUCAAGCUCUCCUUCUCUGGCUCCACCAAAACCAGCCUGUCCAGCCCUCCUUCCUCUGCCUCGUUGAACCCGGGCUCUCCGGGAUCACCGGGCUCUCCGGGCUCGGGGGCGCGGAGCUCUGCCUCCCCCACAACUGUAACCACAAAGGGAGGCUUGGUGGGACUGGUGGACUAUCCCGACGACGACGAUGAGGAUGACGAGGAGGACGAGGACGAGGAGGACGGCGAGAGCAAAGAGGACCCUCUGCCUCCCUCGAAGAAGUCCAAGCUGAGCUCCUAAAGAAGCUCCGCUGCUCGGGGCGGGUGCAGCCCACAGACCUUUUGCAGGGUUGAUCAAGCUUGUAAACCGAUGAAUGAUUUUAGAGCCACGCAGCGGGCGGCCACACGGAGGAGCAGACUGUGCACGGAUGCAAGGCCUCCUCAGACUAGUCCGCUUCAUACAAGUGCCAAUCAGGAAACCCGGAGUAAAAAAAAAGAAAAAGAAAAAAAAAGAAAGAAAAAACGUCUGGAAGCGUGAAUGUCGGGGGAGGAAAAGAUCCGCUCGGUAGGUGGUGGGCGCACUUCGGGCCGGUUACUCAGACCGCAUUCGAAAAAAACAUGUACACACCGACUGAAACCCCAGAGAGCCUGCCGGCUCGGACAACAACCCACUGCCCCCCCACCUCCCCUCAUCCCUCCCACCCCCGCUCCCACCAGCCCCCCCCACUCAGGGAAUGACAUCACAGCGGCCCAAAUAGGUCGGCCAGUUCAGACCCAGAACCACCACUCGCACCCCCCUCCCCCCUUGAGAAUUCACCUUCCUCCUCGUUCGUUUCCACCUGCUUCUUUUGCUUCUCUUCUUUUUCCUCCUUUCUUCAUCUGCUGCUUUUGAACCCAGUUUUUUUUUUUUUUUCGUUAGUGUAUAAUACCAGACGGGAGGCGGCGUGCGGCGCCGUCCUUGUUGUCGUUUGAUGAUGUCAUCAGUGUUGUCGUUCUUCAACGGACAUUCUUUCUCGGAAGAGAAAAAAAAAGCCAGCAGUUUCUUCAUCAUUUUGUUUUUGUUCUCUCUUUGUCUCAAUCUUUCUCCUGUUUUUUGUAAAUGAUGACAAAAAAAGACCUGCCUUUAAAUGUUCAGGACGUUUUCAGUCAAACUUGAACAGGUUUUUAAAGACCUCAGUAGGUGAGCUAGUUUUACCCUUUUUGCCCUUUGAAACUGCAGAUUUUUUGGAGAAUUUGUAAUCCCGUCUUGAUUAAAGAUUGAGUGGAAUUCUAGAUGUGAUGAAUUUUGUCAUAUCUUUUCUUUUUUUUUCCUUUUACAUUAGUGUACACUUAGUUGUUCAGAAUAUUUGGGACCAUUAAAAUGAUCUUUGCUGUAAGAUGUC